AUGUCAAAUUAUUCAAUCUAUACGGAAAGAAUCCUAAAUGGCCGCAUUUUCAGGCUGCUUUUCAUCCGCCCCGCUCUAGAUCAGGAUCAGCAACUGGAAUGUUGUUGCCUUCCUUUCAAUAUCGAUUACGCACCUCCUUACGAAGCACUAUCCUACGUAUGGGGUAAAUCCAAUCUAUCUGCUGAGAUAAGAUGCAACGGACGACCUAUUGCCAUCGGAAUAGAGCUCUUAAACGCACUGAUCAGACUCCGCUCUCCCGAGGUUACACAGAUAAUCUGGGCGGAUGCGCUUUGUAUCAACCAGAGUGACAAAGCAGAGAAGAGUCACCAGGUGCCCCUGAUGGGGAGCAUCUAUUCCUCGGCAAAGAGAGUUGUCGUCUGGCUAGGACAGGGAGAUGAAAAAUUUAUCAUUGAGGCUUUUGAAUACAGUAUAGAAGUCGCUAAAGCUUGCCUCCGAUACGACAAAGAGCGUGGCUUACCCCUAAAUCACGAGGAAAGAUACGAAACGCUAGAUUUGCCAAAAGACGCUUUCCCUCCAAGUGCUUGGAAAAGCCUGCAGGAGCUAUACGAACGACCUUGGUUCUCUAGAGUCUGGUGUGUCCAAGAAAUCCGCCUGGCGCAAGCUGCCUUUGUCCUCUGGGGGGAUUUUGGGAUUGACUGGCAAUAUCUGAGUUUAGCCGCCUCCUGGGUAUUCGACAAGAGCAACCAAGAGACUGACUUUGAGGUACCAUCUGCCGUUGGGCAGAGUGUCUCACACCCCGAUAUCUUGCGCGAUAAAGACCGAUAUCCGCUGCUCGAGGCUUUACGGGCCUUCCGAGAAUUCGAGUCGACCGACCCUAGAGACAAAGUGUAUGGACUUCUAAAUCUGGUUGAAAACCAGUCUGAAACAGAUGCUCUAGCCCUAGAUUAUCAUAAGAGUGUCGGUGAGGUUUACGCUGACACAGUUUUGGCCGUUAUUCGAGUUCACUCAAAGCUAAGCACGUUCGGCUACAUCACACACCCUCCCAAGUAUGAUCCAGAUAAUGAAGAGAACUUGAAGUGUCGAUGCAGAUCUUGGGCGCCAAGGUGGGAUGAUUCGGCAGUGGCAGAUGUACUGGGAUUUUCUGAAAAUGAUUGUCGUUGGAAGCCUUACGGAGAUAAUGCAACAGUGAUGAUGGCUGGUCAUGACUCUCGACCCGAGGAACUCUGCCUCAAAGGUGUGUACUACAACAGAGUAUGCAGCGUUGAAGGAAUCAUGGACUAUUACAACCUGAAGGACCCGAUGUACAACGAUGAAAAUCCCGCGAGCCCAGAGGACGAUGAUAUGAUUAUCGAGACCGAUUCUGAGGCGUGGACUCGGACUUUGACUGCGGGUUGCUGGGAUAAAAAUCAAGAUUACAUUGAAAACUUGGACCCUGCCACUCAAGAGUCCUACUAUCGGGCUUAUCCUCGUUUCAUGCGCAGAUUGAAAGAGUUUCAAGUUACCGGGACAGAGGGCAACUUUGCUCACGAUGAAGAUUCGGCCAAAUUCCAACGCACUGUUUAUAGCAUUUGCAGGCAAAGACGCGUAUUCUGGACAGAUAAUAUGACCUUUGGUCUCGGUCCACAAUGUAUGCGACCCAGCGAUAUUGUAGUAGUGCUAUAUGGGGGCAACACACCUUAUAUCUUACGGCCGAAAGGAGACAAAUAUCUGUUCAUGGGGCAGGCUUACGUCGAUAAUAUUAUGCAUGGAGAAAUUUUCGACGGUUCGGAGGAAUAUGAGGAAAGAACAUUUUGCCUCGUUUAG